CAAGUACAAAGAUGUCUUCUACUUCUUCUCCUUCCCAUUUCAAUAGCAUAAUUGAAGGCCCUCCUUGCAAAUGUGGAAUACCAUCACCUAUAAGAACUUCAAAAGCAGAGGCUAAUUGGGGAAGAAGAUUUCUAGGUUGUGUAAACUAUAAGCUACCUAAUGGAUGUGGUUUCUUCUAUUGGAUUGACUCUGAAAGUGACAUGGAAAAACAAAUGUUGCAAGCUGACAAGAAGAAUAUGGAGAGGGAAAUUUCAGACUUGAGAAGAGAUAAUCAAGUUUUGAGGAAGAAGGUGGAAGAACUUACAAGGGAGAACGGGAAGCUGCGGAAGAAAUUACAAGAAGUUGAAGCUAAAGUGUUUGACUACAAAACAAAGUGUUUGAUUAUGUUAUUAGUUUUAUGCAUUGUUUUGUGGUUCACGAAAAACGCUGAAACUGUUCCGAACAUGAGGAACAUUUGUUAUGAACAUGGUUACUUUCAUUCUGGCACAUGGAAUGGCAUAGACAUGUUUUUUUGUGUUUGUUUCUUGGUGGAUAAUGAAUAUUCGACGAUUAGGUGGUAG